AUGGCAAAGGGCACGGUUUCUGCUGCUGAGAAGCAAAAAUACCAACGUCAAACACCAUCGCUAAAGGGAACAAACGAUCCGUUCGAAGAACAACCUACCGAAGAGUUCGAGGAUAAGAGUCCGCACGUUGGAAGAGAUGCCGAGUCUUUGGGAAAGGUACAGGACGAGGGGAAAGAACAAGAGAAAUUCAAUAGUGGGAAAGGGGAAGAACAUGGCAAAUCAGGUGAAGGCGAAAGAGCCGAGACUGGGAGUCUCAAGCAAGCUCGGAAUUCACCUGAAACUGUCCAGCGACCGCAAGUUCUGAAAUGGGAAAGGGGGACGAAGUCGUCUGAAAUGGCGAAAGCCAAGGGGCGAGACGACGAUAAAGUCAUUACUGGGGAAGGGAAAGAAGUCGAACGGUCCGCUGAUGGCACUAUGGGCGACGCUAAAAGCAUCAACCCAGAGGUCGAAAAUGUCCAGCAACCGCAAGUUCUGAAAUGGGAAAGGGGGAAGAAGUCGUCUGAAAUGGUCAACGCCAAGGGGCGAGAAGACGAUAAAGUCAUUACUGGGGAAGGGGAAGAAGUCGAACGGUCCGCUGAUGGCACUAUGGGCGACGCUCCCAUGGGCGAUGCUAAAAGCAUCAACCCAGAGGUCGAAAUUGUCCAGCAACCGCAAGUUCUGAAAUGGGAAAGGGGGACGAAGUCGUCCGAAAUGGUCAAUGCCAAGGGGCGAGAAGACGAUAAAGUCAUUACUGGGGAAGGGGAAGAAGUCGAACGGUCCGCUGAUGGCACUAUGGGCGACGCUCCCAUGGGCGAUGCUACAAGCAUCAACCCAGAGGUCGAAAUUGUCCAGCAACCGCAAGUUCUGAAAUGGGAAAGGGGGACGAAGUCGUCCGAAAUGGUCAAUGCCAAGGGGCGAGAAGACGAUAAAGUCAUUACUGGGGAAGGGGAAGAAGUCGAACGGUCCGCUGAUGGCACUAUGGGCGACGCUCCCAUGGGCGAUGCUACAAGCAUCAACCCAGAGGUCGAAAUUGUCCAGCAACCGCAAGUUCUGAAAUGGGAAAGGGGGACGAAGUCGUCCGAAAUGGUCAAUGCCAAGGGGCGAGAAGACGAUAAAGUCAUUACUGGGGAAGGGGAAGAAGUCGAACGGUCCGCUGAUGGCACUAUGGGCGACGCUCCCAUGGGCGAUGCUACAAGCAUCAACCCAGAGGUCGAAAUUGUCCAGCAACCGCAAGUUCUGAAAUGGGAAAGGGGGACGAAGUCGUCCGAAAUGGUCAAUGCCAAGGGGCGAGAAGACGAUAAAGUCAUUACUGGGGAAGGGGAAGAAGUCGAACGGUCCGCUGAUGGCACUAUGGGCGACGCUCCCAUGGGCGAUGCUACAAGCAUCAACCCAGAGGUCGAAAUUGUCCAGCAACCGCAAGUUCUGAAAUGGGAAAGGGGGACGAAGUCGUCCGAAAUGGUCAAUGCCAAGGGGCGAGAAGACGAUAAAGUCAUUACUGGGGAAGGGGAAGAAGUCGAACGGUCCGCUGAUGGCACUAUGGGCGACGCUCCCAUGGGCAAUGCUAAAAGCAUCAACCCAGAGGUCGAAAAUGUCCAGCAACCGCAAGUUCUGAAAUGGGAAAGGGGGACGAAGUCGUCCGAAAUGGUCAAUGCUAAGGGGCGAGACGACGACAAAGUCAAUGCGGCGGGAAAACGGGAAAAGCUCGAGCUGUCCGCUGAAGACAAUGUGGCGGAAACUAUGGGCGGUGCUGAAAGAAGUGCCAAUAGCCCAAACGUUGAAAAAGUCCAGUCUGAAAAGGUCAAAGCCAAGAAGGGGAGGGAACGCUCCGCUGAUGACACUAGUAUGGACGAAAUAUUGGGAGAUGCUGAAAGUGUCAAGCGGUCUCAAGGCGAUUUUGGAACAAUCAGGCAAAGAGUUCUGGGAAUGGGACGAGCGAGCAAUAGAUCGGUAGCAGACGAUGAACAACAGGGGGGAAAGGAAACUAGCUUUAUAAUGGGAAAAGAGGAAAAUAACGAAGUCGACAAGAGCGAUAAUGAACGAGCCCCACAUGAAAUGAGCGAUUCGUCUGGAAUUGAAGGAAAACGCGAGACGAGUGAACGAUUUCUGUUGCCAGUGAGACCCUUAGGGCGAUACAUUCCUUCGGGUGAAGACGAUCGCAAGAGGGAUCUCACAGCAACCCCAAGUGGUGCCCCAAGUAGCGCCGCAAGUAUUUUUCGCCAGGCACAGGGGUAUCGGACAGAAAUGGCUGCGUGGAAUCUUCUGAUGCAUUCGGCACCACCCUCGUAUUUGAGUGGGGGGUUGAGGUUGCCACCGCCAGCAGCGCCCAACUAUCCGCCAUACUACCAGCCGGCGUAUCCACCGUCGUACUUUCAUCUCGCCCCUCUUCCGCAUCACCAAUUUUACCAUCCUCUUCCACACGCACCACUCUAUUAUGGCCUGGAGCAGUUUGAAUGUGAGCAAGAACACCGCCGACGGGCUCAUGGUGACGAAGGGGCGCGAUUGCAUCAUCUUCAUCCACGAACUCACAUCGUUCCGACUACAAGUGACGCCGCUCUCCGAAGUCGUCCAGCAACAGAAGAAGCACUGCGAGCUGUGGUAGAAUCCCGUCGUGUAGGACUGUCUUCAGUACCUACCCAAAGACUGAGCAACUCAGUUCUUAGCAGUCCUUCAUCCUCGAUUGAGGCCCAAAGUUCAGAGGCAACUCCAAGAUCAUUGCGAGAGGCGACAGCAGCAUCAGCCAGUCUCAAAACUGCAAAUUUCGAAAUGCCAACUGCCGAUCCUUCUGCCAUGGACGAGGCGACCUUGGAACGAGUGCGCCGGCAACGUAAGAAUGUUCAAUCCCGCCUCCGAACCGCCAGACUGCGGCAGCAAUUGGAGGAAAUCAAAGCCAAGCCACCAGAGCGAUGGACAGCUGAAGAGCAAAGGCUGAUGCGGGAUAACGAAAAGAAGCGACAAAAGAAGAAUAUGCGAUCUAGGAGUCGGGCAAUGGAGACAAAGCGAGAAAUUGAUCGGAUUCUUUCAAUUCCAGAAGAUAUGAGAACCGAAAAAGAUAUUGAGUACUACACUUUGGUCAUGGGGCAAAAGAAACGAAAAAUAGAAGGGGACAAAUUGCGACGAACUCGGGUUAAGGAAUUGGGAUUACCUCCUGGCCUAAAAGCUCCUGGGAUACCUGCAAGAGGGCCGUUGCCACAUGAACUCAAGUAUAAGGCAGAAGAAGAGGAUCAGGCUAAGAAGCACUUUCAAGACCCACAUGAUGAGGCUUGA